CCCUUAAAAAUUUAAACAAAUUGAAUGCGCCUUCACUGCGAGUAUAUUGCGUAAUUGGUCACUUUUCAGCCCCCAAGGCUCCCACCAAACCAUUGACUACACUUCUUUCUCGGUUUGCUCGUUUUUGUCCUCUUCUCUCAUCUUCUCCUUCAGGACUCAGUUUGUGCAAUGGGUAAAAGAUACGGUUUUGCUGCACUUGUGCUGCUCUUUCUGCUGUUUUCUACUGUGUUUUCGGCCCGUGCUGAUGGGUUGUUGAGAAUUGGGCUAAAGAAGAGGAAGCUGAAUCAGAUCAACCGGUUCUCGGAAACUCUUGGCUCAAAGCAGGGGGGUUCUAAUAAUUUAGGUGGUGUUAAUGAAGUUUCGGGUACUGAUAUCAUUUCUCUGAAGAACUACUUGGAUGCUCAAUAUUUUGGUGAGAUUGGUAUUGGGACACCUCCCCAGAAAUUCACUGUGAUUUUUGACACUGGAAGUUCUAAUCUUUGGGUGCCAUCAUCAAAGUGCUACUUUUCUGUUGCCUGCCUUUUCCAUUCGAAGUAUAAGUCAAGCCGUUCAAGUACCUACAAAAAGAAUGGUAAAUCUGCUGCAAUCCAUUAUGGAACUGGAUCUAUCUCCGGUUUUUUCAGCCGAGAUCACGUUCAACUCGGCAACCUUGUUGUUAAGGAUCAGGAUUUCAUUGAAGCGACAAAAGAGCCAGGCAUUACCUUCUUGGCAGCCAAGUUUGAUGGUAUUCUUGGACUUGGAUUUCAGGAAAUUUCUGUUGGGAAUGCUGUUCCUGUCUGGUACAAUAUGGUGAAUCAAGGUCUAGUGAAAGACCCAGUUUUUUCAUUUUGGUUAAAUCGAAAAGGUAACGAGGAAGAUGGGGGUGAACUUGUUUUUGGUGGUGUUGAUCCUAAUCAUUUCAAGGGGGAACAUACAUAUGUUCCUGUUACUCAAAAGGGUUACUGGCAGUUUGACAUGGGUGAAGUUCUAAUUGGCGGGGAGACAACUGGAUUUUGUUCUGGUGGUUGCUCUGCAAUAGCCGACUCUGGAACCUCCUUAUUAGCAGGACCAACUACUGUUGUUACUUUAAUUAAUCAUGCCAUUGGAGCUACUGGUGUUGUAAGCCAGGAAUGCAAAUCUGUCGUUUCCCUAUACGGCAAAACCAUACUGGAGAUGUUGUUAUCUAAGGAAGAACCUCAGAGAAUCUGCUCAAGAAUAGGUUUAUGCUCCUCUGAUGGCAUUCGUGAUGUUAGUAUGAUUAUUGAGAGUGUGGUGGACAAGGACAGCACUAAAGAUUCAUAUGGUCUCCAUGAUGAGAUGUGCACCGCUUGCCAAAUGGCAGUUGUAUGGAUGCAGAAUCAACUUAGACGGAACGUAACAGAAGAAAAGAUUUUGGACUACAUUAACGAGCUAUGUGACCGGCUUCCAAGUCCAAUGGGAGAAUCAGCUGUCGACUGCAGUGUCCUUUCUUCUAUGCCAAAUGUUUCCUUUACCAUAGGUGGUAAAUCAUUUGAUCUCACCCCAGAGCAGUAUGUCCUCAAAGUCGGUGAGGGUGAUGCAGCUCAGUGCAUUAGUGGAUUCACAGCCUUAGAUGUGCCUCCGCCUCGCGGCCCUCUAUGGAUCUUGGGGGAUGUUUUCAUGGGGCAGUAUCACACUGUGUUUGACUACGGGAAUAUGAAAGUUGGCUUUGCUGAAGCUGCUUGAGAGAGUGUAUAUAUAUGACGUAUCCUUCUCCGAUUUCUACUCAGAUCUUCAACACUGUAUGUUGUGAUAUUUACAUACUCUGAAUGACUUUGAAGCUCCUGUAAUUCUCCAUGGAUUGACCCUUCAAGGUCGGGUACCAGAAACCAUGUUCUUGUUCACUGUUGGAAAUAAUAGCUGUUCAUCUUCUUCUGCAUUGUUGGUGUUAAUGUGAAAGUUCAUUUUCAACUAA